CGUUGCCAAAGCAGACUUGGCAACAGAAUUGAUCGUAUGGGUCCCUUUGUUUGGGAUGGCGUUAUGGAUGGCUUUGGAUGAUAAGGAAUGAUAGGUUUAGUGUCACAUGUAAAUCUGAUGGAUGCUCUUAUCCAUCCUCAUCGUCAAGUCAACAGCUUAAACUAUUUUUCUAUAAGUCGACCGAGUAGCUCGCUCAAUGAUUCUUCCGAGUCGGAUGCAAUAAUUGAAGAUACUCCAGACUCUCCAGUAGAAACCACCGACUACUCGAGCAAAGCCCCCGAUAUCGGUCAAACAGUGACAAUAGGUCACGACGGUUCUGAAAUAUCUGUGUGCGACACGCAGAGAUUGAACAAACGAGUUUGUUUCUCAUAUCAAGAUAGUGAAUCUGACCCUGACGAAUAUCCUUUUCAUGCUGUAACUUACGGUGAGUCGGAAGGCUGUUGGGGACUUCCUUAUAACGAUCACAAUUAUGCAUCCUACGAACCAAAUCCAGAUCAUAAUAGAUCUGUUGAACCUGAUGAUCGUUUGUCUCUUUUAGCAAAGUUAGCAUUAGCAAAGGAUGAGAAUCCACAGGAUUCAGGAGAAAAGACGUCCAGGACACUCCAGUCUACACUGCGAACCAACUGGAUUCUUGAAGAAAGUUCCACGGUCUCAACAACUAAGUCUAUGGGUUUGGUUGAACUAAACGCGUCGUGCUCAUCAACUAAACGUUCUGUCGUGUGCAACUCAGAAUUAAAUUCUCCCAGUAACGGACAAUCCCUGGUCACAACGACAAGUCACGUUUCUUCCUUGCCUAGUCGAACAAUCUUGAUCUCAACUACCGGUGGGAAUGUAAAUCCUCCCCUACAGAUUCAUCGAGUUAGUUCAUCCCUCACACCACAUGUUAUCUUACGGACUGGUUUGCCUGGUCUUCAAAUUUCUACAACUGCUUCACGUCAAGUUUCUACUGAUAGUAUGGAUUCUGUUCGUUGCGUUUGUGGAAACACGAAUUUGGAUGGUUACCUCGUUCAGUGUAAUCAGUGCAGAAUUUGGCAUCACAGUGAAUGUAUUUCAUCUGCUGGUAAAAACCACUUGUCAACACCAUAUGUUUGCGAAAUAUGCCAGACACAGUCAAAAGCUGUUGCUACUCAGCGACCUCAUUUGACUGCAUUUAACAGUGUUGGAUCAACCACAACUCCUAACAUCCGGAUUUCUCGUGCUCCUAUAGGAACAAAUACAUCUUCAGGACGUGUUUUCUUAACAAAUACGCUCGGAGGUGUGACUCAUCGACAAGUUCACGUUUGCAUCCCAGCAAGCCAAGGGAUGUCUGGUGUUCAGUGUGGUGAGUUCAGUCUAGUUUCUAGUGUGAUUUCAGAAAAUGGCUCUGCUGUAGCCCGCCCUCCAAACUAUGGUCCAUGUGGACGAUCUGUAAGAAGCUCUAAAAGAAAACAAGAUCUGUUAACACUCACUGGUGGAUCAUCCUCUGCAAACGCAGGCAUUGAGGGCUUUUCAAGCUCACCUCCGGUGUUGGAUGACUAUGAUGACUUGUCAAACAUGCGGACAUCUUAUAACACUGAUUUAAAGAGCUGCUUCGUGGAGGGUUCAUUAAACGUAUGUCAAACACAAGGAAGUAAUCCAAUCCCUGUGUCCGAUAAAGUGCAAAUUCGUCAUAGCAGCAUUGUACAUCGUUUAAUUACAGAUUGCCCAAAUAAUAAGGUACAAAAUACAUUUACCCAGAUGAAUGAAGUGUGCCAUACCACCCCUCCUUGUCCAGCACCUGACUCUGUACUAUCUUCUCCAUCAGAUAUUUAUGAAGAAGCCCAAACUCUACAUCUUUCAAGUCGUGUUUGUAAAAAACUCAGUUUAUUGUUUCCUCUGUUUACUGGCAUGGGAGCAGAUUGUGGCGAAAUAGAUGGCAUUUUUAACGAAGAAAUUCCCUCUAAUCUCGAGCGUUUGUUCCGUUAUCAGGUUGUUAGUUUCGACUUUAACCGCAGGGGCCUAAUAGCAAAUGAAGACAUUUGUCCUCGUACGCCGAUUAUUGAGUACCGUGGUAAUUGUUUGUUACUCAGUGAAUACAACGAUAUGUACGACUAUCGUAAACAUUACAAUCCGUUUGUACUGUUUUACAAAUCCUUGCCGAAGUUACCUCUCUGUGUUGAUGCUCGCAAGUAUGGCAAUGAAGCGCGCUUUAUCCGUCGGUCAUGUACGCCUAACUCUGAGGUCCGCCACUGCAUUUCCUUUUCAAAUGAUCAACAUAAUGAACCCGUCCCUCAUCUUCGUCUCGUCGUUGUUGCAUCACGGGUUAUUCCAAAGUCAUCCGAGAUAACUCUACCUUUUGAUUUUGACUAUACAGCCUGUCGAUAUCUUGUUAAGUGUUCAUGUAUUCUUAAAGGCUGUCCGAUUACCCGUUGGUUCCAAAGAAUGAAUCAGUUGAGCAACCCUUUGCGAAGUUCGACUCGCCAUUCGUUGGUGUGCACUCGCAAAUUACCACAUUCACCCCGCUCAUAUGGGGUCAACGGUCAUUCUCGAGGUUUUAGUCUGUUGCAAAACUCCCAGUCCCAUUACGAUGACAAGGAUCCUUCCGAUGAACAGUCAGUUUUGUAUCCUAAAUCUCCCAUAAAUACCACUGUGAGGAACUUCUCCAUUAGUCGAACAGGCCGUUACCUUCCAAGUCCUAUUUCGAAUGAGCGAACUUCAGGAUCACAUCAAGCAGGACCUAACCGAACUACUCGUGGUUACUUAAAUAAAUCAGGCAUUUCAUGUGGAGUUCGUAAAGCUGUUCAUCGGAGAGGUCGUGGACGGGGGCGAUUAAGAAGUUCUAGUUCUCUUGGAGUGCGUAGCAAACGUGAAACAGAGCGACUGUCUUCCAGAAUGGUGUACCUUAGGAAGUCCCAUUCUAAAUCCUUGUCAACUGCCAGAAAACGUCGUUCACAACGUAAUUCCUGUUCUCACAGUGGUCAACAUCCAGUGUCAUCACCUAGUGAUAGUAUUGUAAAUGUAGAUAAGAAAAGAGAUUCGCAUAACUUUCCUAGUAGAAGUGGUUUCUCUUGCGAAAUAGAAUGUUUAGAUAGAUUACGAUCGGUUCCUGUUAAAGCAAGUGACUCUCCACAAAAGUCAUCCAACAUAGAAAAUCAAGGAGAAGUCACUGAUAACACGGAUAUCAGCUGUAAGUCGAAUAAUGAGUUAUUGGGAGAGGAUUUAGAUGCUGACACUGAACCGGAAUAUGAAGUACAACCAGAAAAGUUAACAGAUAGAUCAGUAUGUCGAAAAUAUAUACAGUCUAACUCCCGUCAGGACCGUCUUAAUUCUAAAGAAACAAAAGAGUCUUAUACCUCAAAUAAUUCUCCUAGAUCACCUGAUCUGGACCAUGUAAAAGCUGAAAUACACGAAAGUCAUAUUUUUAAGCGCAAAUCUGCUGAUUCAUCAUCACUUGUUGACCGUGGAAAACGGCGUUCACAGAUGAGCACCUUCGAUGGUCAUGUUUCUAAAUCACGCAAAAGAAGUACUUCACUUGAAGAAAAAGAAGACAAGAAAUCAAAGGAAGAUGUAUGGAUGGCUGAAGUAUUACGUCGCAUAGAGCGUAUGGAAAAAAAACGAUUAAAGCAACGCGUGUCUUCGAUCAGUUUAAAAAAUAGUCAAAACACUGAUUGCACUAGAAAUGACUCAAACCAGUUUUCUCCCCCUGAAAAAUCUCCUGAACCUGACUCAGUAUCAGACAAUAACGAUGUUAAGUCAACAGAUGGUGCAAUGGAGACUGGAGGAAGUUCUGAUAUUAACUCAAAAGCAUUAGAAUGUGAUAAAGAUAUUAAAAAUGUUAUCACCGAUGAGACCCACUCUGAUCAUGUAGAACCUACAGACAUUUUUGAAAAGCCUGAGCUGUUUGAUUGUGAAUCAAAUCAUUGUUCUGGUUUAUCACAAAAUAUCAAACAAAAUAGAAGUAUAUCUCCAUCCAAGGCUUGUAAUCAAGAUAUUUCAGAAGAAAGCGAUACAUGUUUUCAAAGAAAGCAGUUAAAACAAUUCACUGGGUCCAAGUUUAAGUACCAAAAACGCUGUUCUGUCAGUCACAAACAGAGACGGCGGCGUUCCCAAGCAGCUAUGUUAUCUGAUAGCCUAUCAUCCGUGGAUCAAGGUGGUUCACGCGAAGACCGUUGGCUUCAAAUGCAACUUCGACGUAUCGCUGAAUUAAAUGAUCGUCAGGAAGUAUCACAACUCACCUCAUCAGACAUGGAGAAUAUGUCUGAUAAAAGUCAUAUGUCAUCGGGUAAUCAUAUUAAAGAUGGAUCAAAUAUAAGAAUUACACUUUUUGGAGCUUUGGGUGUUAAAAGUGAAUCAUCAAAAAAUGAUCGUAACCCAAAUAGUUGUCUUCAGCAUUUAUCACCCAGUUUGUCUAAAUUCAGUAUCGCCUCUGGUUGUGAUACGACAGUUUUUACGAGUGGUAAUGAAUCAUCUAAUCAGAUCAAUAGUAAUCAACAAGCUCUCGAUUCUGAAGCUGAUUGUGGUUUUAUAGUUUAUAGAACUCGAGAAAAAGAUCCAAUGGCUAAAUUUAGCAGGACUCGUUCACUUGAUAUGCAUUCCUUGUUCUCAACAAUUCAUGAUGAAAUAUCUGGAAAAACAGUAACCGACACUCGACAAGAUGUUUAUACAUCUGUUGACGAUAUGUCAACAUCUUGUUUGACACAACCAUUUCUGCACCAAACUCCCAGACCUACAAAGAAACGGUGGUUAUCUCGGGCUCUAAUGGAGGAAGAUGUCGAAUUAUCUAACAAUAAUUUUUCAAACUGUUCCCACUCAAUUAAUCAUUCACUAUCCACUAAAUCAGAUUCAUCUUUAGUCAUGCAAAAUUCAUGUGCUACGCCAGUUAAUCCGAAAAAGAGGAUUAUCUCCCGACUUUCCGGGAUCUCUGAAGACUUACCUAUUUGUACGUAUUUCGAAAGCGAUGAUAAUCUCAAAAAAGAAAGCGUCACAGUUUUGUCUGAUCGUUUAGCGAACAAUCCAAAUGAUGAACAGGUGGUUUGCAAUCCAGAAUCUAAAGUUAUUUCAGAGUCACAAGAAGAUCCUGAGUUUUGCGAUGGUCUAUCAACUCAUCUGGCUCCUCUUCCUCCGAAGAAAGCUACAGUAAAGCAACAAGCUGAAGAGUUGCGAUUGCAAGAGAUACGUAAAGUUCGUGUUUCCCUCUCUGAAUAUCGUCGACGUCGUGGUCUGCCAGCCCUCACACCCGCUACGGAACGAAAUCAUAAGCAGACGAAAGAGCCGCUAGAUCAAUCAAACGGUAAUAUUGAUAAUUUAGAAAUUAUAAUCCCACCAACUCUGAUUAGUCCUGACCGACUUCUAAUAACGCUCCCAAAUCUUCACAAUGAGUCAAGGCCAUCCUCUGACGUAAAAAGUUCUGAUGGAUUACUGCAAAAAAUUACAACAUUGAACAUGAAACCUGAGGUUCUUCAUGAUUACAAUCAACCCCUAUCACCUUACACAAAUACACCAAAAAGAUGUGAAUUCGAUAGCGAACGUGAUUUCAUUGAUGCAAAAGUAAGUGAACGUGGACCUCGAACACCAAGCGAGCCACCAGAUGAUGACGAUGAUGAAGAUAUCGGGGUCGAUUCUAUAAAUCCCGUUAGUAGAGGUGCUCUUAGUAGUUCUCCUGAACCGUUCAUAAGAUUUCCUGGUAAAGUGCUUUCUCACAGCUCACCAACAUCUACAUUCUCGGACUCUCGUAUAGCUUCAGAAAAGCUACCUUUCAGGAACAGUUCACCUCCAGAUGUGAAUUCUAGCAAAUUUUCUGAUUCGUGCUUCCAGGCUAACAUGUUUGCUUCUUCGAAACCAAUUAAUCGUGAAAAUCUUUUACAUGACAUCGAUCAUGCUAAGGAGUACGAUCAAGAUCGUAUUUUGUCCGAAGUUGUAGAUCACAAGCCUUCAGUUAAUAUACCAGUUUCUACUAAACAAGUACAUUUUGAUAGACUGGCUCAUUACUAUAAGAAGACAUUUAACUUAGAUGAUUCUCAACAUCUGUAUGGUUUGGUGAUUUCCACAGGGACUCCACCGCCCCCACCCCCUCCUCCUAUUCCUUCAUUCUCCGGACAUCCAGCGUCUUCAAACAGUCCGGUUGCUCCGUCGUACGAUAUCGAGAAGAAUCCAGAAGAUAAUCCAACUCAUCUAUCUGGGUCUUUGGAAUACUUCAUACAACGCGAUAACGAGAUACGUGUGUGGCAAGAAACGCGAUCUUAUGAACGAGAAAAACGUAACACUUCUCCAUGGCAUCACCGAGUUUCCAGUCAGCCUUACUUAAAUACAAAGAAGUUUUGCACAAUCUCUAAACAUCCCUCAAAGUAUUAUAAAAAUAAUGAAGGCUUUUUCUUUUAUCCUGAUGUCGUUACUGGUCAUUUCGACAAUGUCGAACAAACCCUACUGCGCAUCAGAGAUAGUUUGCAAGCUCAAUUAGAUCUAACUAAAGUGGGUUGUGCUUCACAAAAAAUGAACUCAAACAACGAUCGCUCAUCAACAAACAAUAACGGGGCUGUAUGUUGAUCUUAAUAUGUAGCAGAUUAUCCAACUAUUUGAUACUACAAUGUAUACAUAAACACGGAUCACUUACAAUCUUUUCUGACAUUAAAUCCAAUCAUUUUCAGUUAAUGGUGAUUUUUUUGUGACCUGGGUUUUCAUAUUAUCUUAUUCUCGUUCAAUAAUCUCAGAGUUCUCUAUCCCCAGACCCAGUUUAUCUAAGCAUUUUUGUACAGAUUCUUAUUUUGAUACAUUAAGUUUAUCUAAACCAAUGUCAUAUUUUUCAUCUUAAGUAACAUUUUAAAUUUUGUAAAUAACCUACGAACAUACUAUGUUAUGGUUAUCAAGCCUUCCACAGAGAAUUCACUUAAAUUGUUGAUUCAUGUAUGUAUCUUGCUUGUGUAUCUUCUAUUCUUUUAUCAACAUACCUCAUUAUCUUGGUGCUCCAGUAGAUUGCCGGUUUUCAAAUGUACCAUAAUAUCCGGUAAUCAGUUUUUAUUGGACAACAGUCCAAUUAAUACUUUUUAGCUGUACAACGAACUAUUUCCUAAUUAUAUAUCAAAGUAUAUUCAUAUAAAUGCCAAUCAUGUAUUGGCGUGAACUGCUGUUCAACAUUUUAAUAAAUCAGUCAUCUCAUAUUCAUUACUAUAUUUAAUUUCUUUAACCCUUUGCAUUUCAUAUUGAUAUUAAUAUUCCAAAACUAUUGAUCCCGGUCGUUUUGUCAUCACUUUCAAGUUACAUGUAAAAUUACUGCAGGCAGUUUCAGUAUGCCUAAACGACUUUGUUUCAAUUUGAAAUCUUGUAAAUCUUUGACUUUUUCAUAUGAAUAUUUUAAUAAUUUUACUCUGAUUUGCGUUCGUUUAAAUGAACAUUUAUCUUGUGUAUGUUGUAUAAAUGAGGUAUUAUUUGUUUAUUGUGCAAGUAAUGAAUGUUGUACAUCUGUUUGAUCGUAUUUCCUGUCUUCGCCCGUAAUUUGGUUCGUCAUUGUUUCUUUUGAUUUCAUAUGUCAAGGCAGCGGCUUCUUGUUCUUAUUUCCUCUCAUUUGUUCAUGCUGAUAUAUUUCUUCACAUAUAUAGGAACUGCUUGAUCUAAUAAAAUGCCGAUAAUAUACAUGUAUGUGAUUUGAA